AUGUUGCGAAACUCUAUCAUUCCCUUCGCAAAACAGGCUGUAGCCUCGACUUCGCGAACAGCUAGCUUCUCUACGGUCGCACGACCUGCUGCAGUCGCCACAGCUCGCGCUUCCACUUCUUCGAAUGUCUUUGGUGCUGCUGUUCAGCGACGUGGCUACCACGAAAAGGUCAUCGAUCACUACGAAAACCCACGCAAUGUUGGAUCGUUCCUCAAAACCGAGAAAAACGUUGGUAUCGGUCUUGUCGGCGCUCCCGCGUGUGGCGACGUCAUGAAACUCUCGAUCAAGGUCAACGAAGAAGGGAUCAUCGAGGAUGUUCGUUUCAAGACGUUUGGCUGUGGUUCGGCUAUCGCUUCGUCAUCUUACAUGACUGAACGUGUCAAAGGUCUCUCCCUUGACGAAGCUGCCAAGAUCAAGAACACCGAGAUUGCUCAGGAGCUCUGCCUUCCACCCGUCAAGCUUCACUGCUCCAUGCUCGCUGAGGAUGCCAUCAAGUCGGCCAUCAAGAACUACAGGUCCAAGCGCGAGGCAACGGGAAACAAGAAGCAGGGUCACAUUGAAGUUGUUCAGGAUGUGGCUACCGGCAACACUUCGGCUACCGCUCACGUAGGCUCCGGCACCGUUUAA